GAAAAUAAAAAAGUUCCGGAAGAUAUUCCCAGCAAUUUGAAGAAAACUUGAAGUAAUUCUCCAUAUAUGUGAGCAAUAUUGCGAAUAAAGUUAAGUUUCGUUGGCACUAGUCGGCAGUUUGAUCACCACAUUUCCACUUUUAGAGCAUCAACUUUUAUCUCAGAGGUGAAUGUUCUAUUACUUCUAUUAUUAAACAAUGGCAAGAGGACAGCAGAAGUUGCAAUCACAAGCCAAAGCACAGGAAAAGGCUGCUAAGGCCAAAAAGCAGCAAGGCCACAGUGCUACUGACCAGAAGAAGGCGGCCCAGAAGGCUUUAGUGUACGUUUGUACCGUUUGUAAGGCCCAAAUGCCUGACCCCAAAACUUACAAACAACACUUUGAGAAUAAGCAUCCCAAGAGUGAAGUGCCUGCAGAAUUGAAAGAUGUAUGAAAAUUUCAAUUCGCGUUUAACACCAUCUGUGUUUCACUGUUAGAGGGACACUUUUUGUUGUUAUGGUUCUUGAGUUACUCUUCCUUUCAUUUCAUUCAUUUGGCUAUCUUUGAAGUUGUUCAUAGUUGAAUCUUAAUUUGUAUUUAUUGACUACGGCAAUGUUGUGUUAUUCAGAUGGUUUGUGAUUUUUUAUUCCUACAUUUGUACUAAUAAACAUGUUUGACCAA